CUCCUAUCCUUUUACCGCGAACCGAAUUUCCUAGUGAAGGGCUAGAUUUUAGAACUUCCGACGUCUACUACGCAUGAUUCGGAGCAUCGUUGACUUGUAGCUCAGCUGGUGAAAGGGCAAACGACACCUCGGUGAACCGUUAUCUUCUCUAAACUUUCUUUCCAUUUCCUCUUCAUUGUUCACUCUCUUGGGAGCCGCUGGACGUCUGUGUUACCAUCCUCUUUAACUGCCUAUGACGGGUCCACGAAAGACUUUGCACACACUCCAGACUGCUGCUGGAGACAAGGAAAAUCUUGUUGGACCAGGGAGAAUGUUGUGCAUAGUUGAUCGAGAUAAUCUCAAGGGUAGUUUGAGGGAAGUUAAUGAAAAUGACAAAGCCCAAGACCAGUCUAAACAACUAAAGCGGAAGAAAACUACUUCCAGGGCAGUACAAGCCGGAAAGGAAAAGUCAGCUACUGUUACUGCUGAUGACUUAACAUCAGAAAGUACCAGUGAGAGGUACUGGGAGAGCCUGGCAGAACAACGCCGCAUUGCUCUUGAAGCAACUUUAAAGGAGAAUGAGGAGCUCCACUAUAAAAAUGAAGAGUUGUCCAAGAAAGUGGCCAUUUUGGAAGAGGAAAAUCACACUGCCAAAGAAUUGUUGAGAGAAUCAGAGACACUUGUGGAUGUACUAAAGGAGAUGAUUGGGGGUGACGACACGGCUGAUGAGAGCAGCCUAAUUGAUAACUCCUAUGAAGUGUAACACUUAAGAUGAAAAUAUUUUUAUUUUUUGUAGUUUUUGAUCUCAUAUCUUGUGCAGUUUCUGCUUUUUUUGUAUUAAUUGCUUUGUAAAAUCGAGUAAUUCAAGUUAUAUAUUUAUUUUAGUCGGAUCAUUCUGCACAUUGUUUAACCACAUGACUAAGAUUAGUUUUAUGUUUUGAUGUCCUCAUCAGAGGUUAAAGUAAAUAUCAUUUUGAGUA